CCGUGGCCGUAUUAUUUCCACACCUUCAAUUUGUCAGUUCGAUCGUUUCUCAAUUACUUCGCUUCUUUCCUCGUGGUUUCCCCGUUCGAAUACAAGAAAAUCCACGAUGGGUUUCGGAAGUCCAGGCACCGGUGUUACUCCCACCAAGCCCACCCCUCCCGAGCGCGGUAGUUUCCCGCUUGACCAUGAAGGCGAAUGCAAACACCUCAUCGCUGGUUACCUCAAGUGUAUCAAGUCCCAGCGCGGCGUCAACGAUGAGGAGUGCCGAAAAUUGGCUAAGGGAUAUCUAGCUUGUCGGAUGGAUAAGAACUUGAUGGCACCAGACGACUUCAAGAAUUUGGGACUUAUUUUCGACAAGGAAAACAAGAAUGCCAAUGAGAAGUCGUGAUGUUGUCCAAGCUUGGUGCAGUUGUAUGAUACCAUGUAUGAUGUU